AUGAAUUUGCUAAUAUUCAUUCUUGUCGUCCUUUCGUUGUCGACGGCUUUUGCUGCGCCGCCCGGAAUUAAGCGAUGUGUUAACGGUCAACUGUCGAACGGUAUUUGUAUAUGUGACUAUGGCUUCACGGGUACCAUGUGUCAUCGAGAAAUGCAUUGUGAUACCAGAGAACGGUUACCCAACGGCAGCUGUUCACCAUGUCAAAAAGGGUGGGCGGGAACUGACUGUGAUCGGAUAGAUUGCGGACAACAUGGAAAGCCGAAUGGGGACAGUACGCGGUGCAACUGUGAGCCUCCCUAUUCCGGAGCUUUCUGCACAAACCUCGAAUCCGGUGAUGUCAUCUACAGCUAUAACAGCUUCUUCACUUCCAUCGGCCCAUUAGGAGUGCUUCUCGUAAUUCCAUUAGCCAUUAUGGUCUACGUCUGCAAUCGAACAUCAGCUCGUCUUCGAACGGCAAAGGUUGAAAAACACUUGGAAACCCACAUCGUCCAAGGCACCGACAUCGACCCAAAGGUUCUCCACAAAUUACUGAAGAAA